CCUCGCUUCCCACCCCAAGCGGGGCCCUAAACCCUGUGGCGGGGCUCGCCAUGACGGAUGGCCACAAGUUGGAGCUUUGGCUCGACUGUCGAAGCGGUUCCGAUGGGCCCGCUCCACUGGCUUGCGAUCGCCGGGUGCUGGGAACCGGCACCUUACCGGGACGGAGAGAUGUCAUCGUCGGAGCAGGUGGCAAAGUCACCGACUGCGAUGGGAGGGGCAUCGGAGUCCUGUGUGAAGGUUCUCCUGGAGAGGUGCACAAGCAGGCCAUAGACCUCAUGGGCCAGGUCGAAUGGGUGAUUCUACAGGCUGAUCUCCUCGUUCCUUCUGAUGCCCUGCUGGUGGCCAGCACCCGACACGGAACCCGCGUGGCGGUGGUCGUCAUCAACGAGCAGCAUCUUUUAGACUUUGAACCAGCCUUGGCCAGGAUGGGGGCGCUCAUCGUCGGUGACGAUGAGAUGCUGAACAAAGCCAUGGUGCAUCGGAUGGCUCUGACCAAAUCAGAGUCGCCCAUGCUGAACACGGUUUGUGGCGGCAUUUUCCUUCCUGCGGCUGAGGAGUUGAAACUCUGUAUGGUGGAAUCGGUCGAGCUGAUCCAUGGUGAAGCAGACCGUGUGAACCUCGACAUGAUCAGCAUGCUGCAGCCGGGCGAGGGAGCCCUAGUAGGCUCCACCGCAAAAGCUUUAUGCUUCAUCCACGCGGAUGCGGCUGGACACGGUUUUCGGAUCAAUGCCGGGCCAGUCCACGCAUAUGUCGCCUUACCGGACGGGAGAAUCAAAUAUCUCAGCGACGUGGAAGCCGGGGAUCAAAUUCUCAUGGUGGAUCUGGGGCGUGGCGGUGUUGGCUCCCUUGCCAGCCGGAGUGUGGCAGUCGGCAGAUGUCAAGUUGACCGGUGCCAAGUGGCGCGGAUUCGCUUGUUCCUAGAGGGUGAGCACAGCCAGCUCUUUCUCGAAUGGACGGAUGCGGUGCGCGUGCACGGCCGGAAGGCAGAUGGUGGUCCCAGCGGAGCUGUGCCCAUCACGCAGCUGAAAGGAGGCGAUGAGAUCCUAGUCCACUGGUCCACCAGCAGUCCAAGAGUGAACCAUGUGCAAUCCAUGCCCUCCGAGAAAUGACGGUUCCCGCGUGGGAGAAAAC